CCUGCUGGAGAGCGGCCGCUGACAACAGCACCGGUGCUGGAGGACUCAGCUGCAGACACACGUGUCACAGGUCCGGCAAUAUGAGCGAGGCGGCGGGCGCCAUCCCGGAUUUCUUCCGCGGACGGCAUCUCUUGGUGACGGGCGCCACCGGCUUCAUGGGCAAGGUGCUGGUGGAGAAGCUGCUGCGCUCCUGCCCCGAGAUCAGCACCAUCUACCUGCUGAUGCGGCCAAAGCGCGGGACUGACGUCCGCACGCGACUCGACGAGCUGCUCAAUGCCACCCUGUUCGACCAGCUGCGGCGCGAGCGCCCGGACGCGCUGAACAAGCUGGUGCCGGUGUGCGGCGACAUCACGAGCCCUCACCUCGGACUCAGCGCCACCGACCAGAAGAUCCUCGCCGACAACGUCUCCGUCGUCUUCCACUCGGCCGCCACCGUCAAGUUCGACGAGAAGCUCAAGCUGUCCGUCGCCAUGAACAUCGUCGGCACCAAGCGCCUAGUCCAACUCUGCCACAAGAUGGACAAGCUCGAGGCGCUGGUGCACGUGUCGACUGCGUACUGCAACUGUGACCGCAGCGAGGUGUCGGAGAUGGUGUACCCACCGCCCGCAGAUCCCGAGAAGAUCGUCGAGUGCGUCGAGUGGAUGGACGAGGACCUGCUGGACGCAAUCACGCCCAAGAUCAUCGGCAACCGGCCCAACACGUACACCUUCACCAAGGCGCUGGCGGAGCACAUGCUGGUGGAGCAGAGCGGCGGCCUGCCCGUCGCCAUCGUCCGGCCCUCCAUUGUGACGGCGGCGUGGAAGGAGCCGAUCCCCGGCUGGGUGGACAACCUGAACGGGCCGACGGGCCUGCUGGCGGGCGCGGGCAAGGGCGUGCUGCGCACCAUCCUGUGCCACCGCGACAUGGUGGCCGACCUGGUGCCCGUCGACGUCGCCAUCAACCUGCUCAUCGCCGUCGCCUGGUACACCGCCACGCAGAGGCCAAACAGCAUCCUGGUCUACAACUGCACCUCGGGCAGCGCGAACCCGAUCCGGUGGCGAGACGUCGAGGAGAUCGGCCACGAGAACCUGCUGAAGAACCCGUUCAGCGACGUGCUCUGGUACCCCGGCGGCAGCUUCAAGAGCUCCAGGCUCGUCAACAACUUCUGCGUGUUCGCCUUCCACUUGCUACCCGCCUACGUGCUCGACAUCGCAGCACGCCUCUCCGGGAAGAAGCCCAUCAUGGUGCGCGUGCAGAAGAAGCUGUCGCGCGCCGUCUCGUGCCUGGAGUACUUCACGACGCGCGAGUGGCGCUUCUCGUGCGAGAACGUGCGCCAGCUGCUGGGCAAGCUGCGCGGCGCCGACGCCACCAACUUCGCCUUCGACGUGUCCGCCGUCGACUGGCGCCACUACUUCGAGCAGUACGUGCUGGGCACCCGCCGCUUCAUCCUCAAGGAAGACCCCAGCACCUUCCCCACAGCCCGCAGCCACCUCAGGAGGAUGUACUGGGUCCAUCGCGCGACGCAGGUGGCGCUGUUCGUGCUGCUGUGGCGGGUGCUCAUGAUGCGGUCCGAGGCGGCGCGCCAGUUGUGGCGAAUGGCGUUCGCGCUCGUGCUUCGCCUCGCUCAGGCCGUGCCCGUCGUCGUCCGGCACCAGUGACCACUCGCGUGCCAUCUAUCGGCCGCGCGCCUCACCGUCGCCCCUCCAAUGCCCUCUGCCGCCCGCCUCGCGAAAUUGUCGGAGACAGAGGACAGUCUGGCCGUUGAGAGCGGCUCCCGACUCACACUUCGGGACUUCUGCGGACAACGUUUGCGUUCCUGAGAGAUUGUUCGCCUUAUUUGUGGUACUGGUGCCAAUGUGAGCCCGUGAGGUUCCGGUUAAGUACGUUAAACUUCACACUACCACCUCCAACAUCAAUGAGCAAUUGUAACAUUGCCAGAUACACAAUAUGAGACGAGACAUUCACAGCUACUCUUCAUCCUAUAUUCAUAAAAUUCCCACACAUUUUAAAAAUAAUUAGAGCGAUACAUCAGAAACAAUCUACCAAAAAAAUUGAAACAUCUUAAAAUCCAUUUUACUAAUGUGCUACUUUUUGCUACUUUAUGAUUUUGACCAGGCUUGUUUGACCAUCUGACAAGCGAGGAGUUUCAGAUCGCACGAAUGUAGACACAAUAGUAAACACAGAUGAUAUCAUAAAGAUAGGCUCUGAUAACAACUGUUACACACCUAUAGUCACAUGGCAUAGGGAAUAAAAAUGUUAAAUCCUAGCACUACACAAGUAACUGCCUUCUUUCAAAUAUCAUUUUCAUUGUGAUGUUUAAAGCUUUCCCGGCGUACUGAUUGUUCCAUAAAAACACGGGAGAACUGCUGGAUAUCGGUAACGUCCUGCCACGAUAUUUCGGCGCAGAGUCUUCUGGCCAUCUUCAGGUGAGUGCCGAAAUAUCGUGGCAGGACGUUACUGAUAUCCGGCAGUUUUCCCGUGUUUUUGUGGAACAAUCAUUUUCAUUUUUUCAAAUAUUUCGGAAGAUACUGGCCGUGAGAGUUCACAUGUUACAAGUGCGAGCACGCGAACUUGUUUUAUUGGAACUGGAACGUUGACAUGCAGUGCCUAAGGUGAUCUUUUAUUCACAGUAUAAUUCUCAAUAUUAUAAUACACAUAACGGACAUCCGCACUUCAGAAAAAAUUUCACUGACGACAGCUGUUUAACUUUCUGUGGUUCUUUUUUCUGUCAGCAAUGAGCAGAAACUGUCAGCAGAAAACCCAUCUUCAUAUGGCCAUUUCAGACGUCGUACGAGACUUAAACAGCCAACGUUCACAACGGUAUUUUCCAUUCAUAUUUUUUCCUGAACGCCUUUCUUGCUUAAAGACGCAUAUCAGGAUCAGCAGUCAUGCAACUCCAAGCAGAUGAAUGUCUCCCUCUCACUGGACACAGUAACCAACGCUGCAAUCGUAACACGUGUUUUCAUAGAGUGAAGAAGUCUUAUUGCAGUCUAAGAGCUGCAUUAUGGAUUUUGUAUGGGGGCGUGGAUUGUUUUUGGCACUGUUGGCUUAAUUCAGUGUCAUCGCCUCUCUAUAUAUUCAAAAGGACUACGUAGAAAUCGUUUCGAUGUUAUUUACAAACACAUGUUUUAUAUUUUGUAUAAGAUGUUUUUAUUGUACCUAUUGUAAGUAAUGCUAACUAUGUUAAGAAAAAAAAUGUAACUUAAAUUUGUAUCCACGUUUAAU